AUGGAGGAGAGUCAGAAAGGAAAGGAAGAUAAGGCAAAGGAAGAGGUGAGAUACCGAGGAGUUCGAAGGAGGCCAUGGGGUAAGUUUGCAGCUGAAAUUCGAGACCCUACAAGGCAUGGUGCUCGACAGUGGCUCGGGACAUUCGAUACAGCUGAGGAUGCAGCAAGGGCAUAUGAUCGCGCUGCAUUUAACCUAAGGGGUCAUCUUGCUGUUCUUAACUUUCCUGAUGAGUAUUAUUCUCAAGUCAUGGGAUCUCCUCCUUAUCCUCCUCAUCUUUCAUCUUUUUCAUCACCAUCAUCUACUACUUCUUCAGCAGCUUCUAGUACUGGCAAUUUCGAGAGGGGGGGUGGUUCGUCAUCUAGUAGGCAAGAGAAGCAAGUUUUCGAGUUUGAGUACUUGGAUGACAAGGUGCUGGAGGACCUCCUUGAACCGGAGGAGGAGAAGAAGAAACGAAAUCGAGGUUAAUCGUGACACCAAGAUGAAAGAAUGAAAUGAAGGUUGUAUUUCAAGCCCUUUCUUGAUCUAUUUCUUUGACUGUUUUGUUUCU